AUGAACAUGGUGAAGCACAUAAGGGACUCAGUGAGAAUACAUGCUACUGAGGGGGAGGCUUCUGAUUUUAGUCCCCACGAUGAUCGCGAUCAUUCUCUAGAAACACUUCAUCAUGAGGAGCUAAGGGUCAGUAAUGAGGACAUUAAUGCACUGGCUGUGGUGGUUGUGAGUUAUAAAGCUAAUGUAGGGUAUACAGACAAGACACAAGACCUGUUAAUAGAGGGAAAUAAGAAGCCUGAGGAAGCUAGCACUGGAAAGGCAAAUCUAGGAAAUGUUUCGACAUUGGAGCAGUGUAAUGAGGAAGUAAGGAUUCCGCAGCAAGUUCAUAACAAUGGGACAGAUGAUGCAUUAGUAGAGAAUAUCUCUCUAAUAUGGUAG